UUGUUGUCAAAUCAGGGAUGGCAAAGGUUGCUGUGUGGGAACUAAACUAGCAUAAAUAAGUAGCGUUAUGCAAUACGACAUGUAACUAAAUAGCUUACGUCAGCUAGUCCAGAGUUAUGCGGACAGUGUUAUAACAGUGGACUUUAUAGUUUUUAACUCCACGUAGUAUUUUUUUACUCAACCAUCUCGGUUCGCCAACCAACUAAGCUAGGUGCUAAAUGUUAGCGAAUGUUAGCUGACUAAGGGUUACUCCUACUACAUUUGAUUGACAUUUGGUAAAGUAGGGGGCACAAUUGCAGUCAGAGUAUCUGGCAGUGCCGAACAGGACUUUAACAUGACUGCAAACCAGGCAAGACAGGUGACACUGGACGGAGGAUCAUAAACAACAUGAUGGAGGUUACGGACAGAACCACCAAAUUUAACUUUUCAUAUGAGGAAGGAGACCCGGACUUCUCUGCUCUCUUAUCCAGCAUGUCUAUUGACAAGCUCUUACCGGCUCUCUUGGAGUGCUUUGGGAUAAUAUUAUGUGGAUACGUCGCAGGGAGGGCAAACAUCAUCACGUCCACCCAGGCGAAAGGAUUGGGGAAUUUUGUGUCCAAGUUUGCCCUCCCAGCGCUGUUGUUCAAGAACAUGGUACUGUUGGACUUUGGUAAUGUAAUCUGGUCAUUCCUAUGGAGCAUCCUCAUUGCCAAAGUGUCUGUAUUUUUCAUUGUCUGCGUACUCACGCUGAUAGUUUCCAGUCCUGAGAGCCGCUAUAGCAAGGCUGGGCUUUUUUCCAUAUUUGCCACCCAAAGCAAUGACUUUGCCUUGGGAUAUCCCAUUGUUGAGGCCCUUUACCAGCAAACCUACCCAGAGUACCUCCAGUACAUCUACCUGGUUGCACCUGUGUCCCUGAUGCUUCUAAAUCCAAUUGGGUUUGCCUUCUGUGAAAUCCAGAAGUGGAAGAAUCAGGGAAACCUCCAGCAGAGAAAACUCCAGAUCAUGGGACUUGUAGUUUUACAAGUCCUGAAGAACCCUAUAGUGUUUAUGGUGGUCAUUGGCAUUAUCGCCCAUUUUGCACUGCACCAGACAAUUCCUCCCUUCAUGGCUGAAUUUGUGGAUGGCUUGGCCGACUCCUUCGGGGGAGCAGCUCUGUUCUACUUGGGUCUGUCCAUGGUGGGACAGUUAGGGAAAUUAACCAGAUCCACAGUCGUGACACUGAUAUUACUCAUAACAGCAAAACUGUUGCUGAUGCCGCUGAUUUGUAAGGACAUGGUGGAUCUGUUGGACAGUAGCAACGCCAGUGCUUUGAAUCACUCAAGCCUCUCCAAUUAUGCCUUUCUUUAUGGAGUGUUUCCCACCGCACCAAGUGUGGCCAUCUAUGCUGUCUAUUAUAACGCAGAGCUAGAAGUUGUAACCUCUGGCAUGGUGAUCAGCACUUUUCUCUCCGCUCCAAUAAUGUAUGUUUCUGCCUGGUUACUUACAAUGCGUUGGAUGGACCCUCAGCUUUUGAUGAAUUCACUGCAGAAUGUCAGCUUUAACAUAAGCAUAGUGAGCUUAGUUGCACUGGUCUGGACAAUUACUGUUAUGUUUUUAAGUAAGAAAUUCAAGAGGCUACCUCACAUGUUUACAGUCAACCUUUUCUUGGCACAGUUUCUAACUUGUUUUGGGAUGAUCCUGUGGAACUUUGUGGUGAGAGAAGACAACUUCAUUGGGCACGUCCUGACAUUCACAUUAUUAUGUAUCUCACUCUACAGUACUUAUGUUUGGCCAGGUCUAAUAGCACUCUCUCUGGUGCUCUUGAAAGAAUUUGAGGAUGUGAAAGUUUCACCAGGCAUGUUUGUCAUUGCUGGCUGGGGGGUUCCAGUCUUUGUAACUGCUGUAUUGCUAAUCUCUGGGGAAAAAAUGCCUGACACAAUUGACUCAGCAUUCUUUUAUGGCAAACCGCAGAUGAUCUGCACCACAGUUGUAGUUGCCCUCGGUAUACUGCUGGGAGGGAGCUCUCUUGUGUGUCUCAAUAGAGGAAGUUGGGCCCACAGUGACCAAAUUCAAGAGGAAAACGCUGCAGAGGAUCUUGUGACUGAGGUUGAACCAGAAAACCAGACUCUGUGUGAGCCAGUCACCCCAUCAGGGGAUCUCAGCAAAGUGUGUUUCCUAUGUGCCUGUGCGCCACCCCAGCCCAUGCCUGACAUGAUCAUCAGCACAAAUAUGAACAACACCCCCCCGCUCACACUCACAGAUUCAGGUCAGUGUGGGAAUAGCUGUGAGUCCACAGACUGCCUGCUUGUCCAAGUGGAGGAGCUCCAACAGGUUGCAGAUAGACAAGUGGCCCGUCAUGUGCUCUUAUGUCUGCUUCUGACUGUCAGCUUGCUUGCUAACCUUUCCAGCUGCUUGUGGUUGCUCUUGAACCCGAUUCCUGGCAGACUCUACUUGGAGUUGCAGUUCUUCUGUGCUGUGGCAAACUAUGGACAGGGGUUUCUCUCCUUUGCUCUGUUUGGACUGGACAAACAUUUGAUUAUACUGCCAUUUAAGAAGAGGUUAUAUAAUCUGUGGUAUGGAAAGAAGCAAGAAGAGCAGACUGAUUUACCUGAUGAAAUCAGGAUGACCUGCAUCCAGUUCACCAAAUACCACAAGGACCAGUGUUUUCAUGACAUCGUCAAAAAGAGAAGGUGUGGAAAGAGGACAAGGGUGGAGUGUUUUCUUGGCUGUGAACUUGUUGAGUGGCUCCAGCAGGUGGGCUUGGCUCAGGACCAUGGUGAGGCCGUGCUCUACGGGAAACGGUUAGAGCAGGGUGGUGUGCUUCAGCACAUCAAGCAGGAACACAGCUUCCAAGACAGUCGCCUUUAUUACCGCUUCAUGACAUAAGAUGCAAGGUCCAUUUUCUUUUUUACCAAAAGGUAAAUGGCAUUUUUGUUGAAAGAUUAAUCAGUGUGAAUGUGUACGCCCAGAAAUCUCUACUGCCAAAUAUUGCACUGCUAUGCUCUGUGCAUAUCCAGUACAAUACUUCACUAUGCAGCAUUCAUGCAGUUUUGUCCAUUUGUUUGAACAGUAAUGUGAUGUUGGGUGUGUUCAGAAGUGCAACAGACUUGAAACUUUCAAACGUAAAAGGCCAGGGCAUAAUACAUUGUGUAGGGUUGGUCUUAAAGGGAAUUAGCCCUUUUAAAACCACCUAUGUCUUACUUUUGCAGUUUUAAAUUUAAUAUUUCAUUCACCAGGAUAAUUGCUGAGAUUCUGAGUUGCAACAUUGCUACAACAGUUAAUCAGGACAGAAAUAUGAGCUGUCACAUGAUCAUACAUGUACAGUAAUCACAGUUUAGCAAAUUAUUAAACUUUAUUUUGCAGUAAAACUUAAAUUGGGAAUACCUGAAAUGGCAGUAAUAAUACCUAAUACCAACUUCCACUUAGUACUGUAGAGUUCAAGAGUUUAAUCAAAAAGUCAGUCUUCAAAUUUGAAUUGUCUACAACAGACAGUAAUCAUUUUUAAGGUCCCAUCACAUGCUGCUUUUGGAUGCUUUUUUUUUUUUUAUAGUCCCCUAAUACCAUAUCUCAAGUUGUUUUCCAAAAAUUCAACCUCGGUGCAGAAUUGCAGCCAAUAGAGCCAGUACCUCAAUGAGCUUUCCUUAGUUUGCCAUUCUGAGUCUGUAGCUUUUGAGAAGGAGGGUUUUUUCUCAAUCUGCAGUGAGUAAAAUAUUUACAUAACUGAAAAGUAUGUCCAAAACUACAAAAAUGAAAGUCAAGAUUUAUUUCCUUUUAAUAUGCAUUUUCAUAACCAGUGUUAAAGGGUGAAACAAGAUUUUGCUGCUUUUUAAAAGCAUUUUCAUGCAGUCAAUAUAUGCACUUAGGACUCAGUUGUUUAAUGUGUCAUUCUGCUGAAUGUAUUAUUCAUUUACUUGGAAAUUUCAGGGUGUAUUAUCAUCUUCUUCCAAAGCUACUUUGCCAAAAG